AAGUCCUGGAGCGUCCGAGGCACUGGACGUAUUUUAUAUAAUUUUCAUUUUGUAGUGUGCACUAUGCGCUGAGAGUUCAACGCGACUUCACAGAAUCCGAGUUUCUCUUCUGGCUUCGAUCGAUUGAGGAAUGAAUGCUGUUUGAACAUCACCAUCACUCCCCUUCAAGGAGCCUGGUGGAGAAUUUUUCUUUACGUAUCGAUUACGAACGGUUCUCAUUGGGUGUGGCUAUUUGCAGGUUUUCUCAGCUCCUUCUUUCUGAUGGUCCUUCGAACGGUUUGGGUCGUAACAUCAAUCGGCAGUUGCUUCGCGAUAUCGCCGAGGCUGACUUUGGGAUCCUUGCGGAUAAUGUUGGUAAUGACCCGUUCAUCGCGUUGGUUUAUUUUUCGCGGCCGCCCAGGCGAUUUCUUUGUCUCCAAAGUGCCUCGUUCGUUGUAUCUCUUGAUGACCGACCGGACCGUUCGUUCACUCACGUUGAGCUCCGCCGAGAUCGCACCCGCCUUUUUCUGGGCUUUGUGCAUCCCGAUAAUCUGUCCUUGCACCUCCAGAGGAAGCGUCAUGGCUGAUAGAAACGAAGGCGAGGAGGAGGAAGAAGUCGGUUUGCUUGCGAAGUUGUGAUGAAAAGGGAGGCAGUCAAGUAAAUGCACGAA